AUGCGUGUACCAUUAGCGAUUCCCAAGAAUGCUUUGAAGGUCUAUACACCAUCAGAAUUCACAGUCAGUAUGCCUAGUGAAAGAGGACGAACAAUCAAAUGUGAGGAUAUGACAAUUGGCGAAGAAUUAGGACCAUCUUGUGGUGAAUUAUGUUUGGACGUAAUAAUCCAACAAUUCACUAAACAGCCGGAUUUGAUAAAUAAGUUGGGUCCGGUUCAUAGAAUUACAGUUUAUGAAUCAUUAUCGGAAGAAUUACCCUUGCAACAAUGUAUUGAGCUGAUAGAGGACGAUGGUUAUUGGAUGCGACGUGUUUUUCAUCGAUGGUCCGAUGUCCAAGAUUUUAAGGAUAACUCGGGAAAUUGGAGAAAGUAUUACCUAGAAAGACAUUUGCAGGAAUAUAUUCAGGAGCAAUCGCCAGAAUAUUAUGACACUGAUAAGAUAGCAAGUGACGUUCGAUUGCUCGCACCUUACAUAAUAGACCUUGACAUAACGGAAUUAAAAGCAAGAGAGACUCCUGCACCUUCCGAAGAGGAACCAGAAGCACCUCCAGCUUAUUGCGCAGAUCAUUUUCCAUUGGACUGCGUGAUUAGGUAUUUGCCCAAACUGGAAACUCUCAGAGUCAAAUAUAAUCCGAAACAUCUUGGGGAAAAAUUUACUUGGGAGUUGCUAUCGAUGUCCAUAGAAGAUUGCCGAUGGUUAGGCAGAGGUAUAAAACAGAUACCCAAUCUUAGGAUAUUGUGCAUACACAGAAGUUUUUUGGGUGAUAAGGAAAUACAACCCUUACUGCAAGAAUUGGCUACAUAUGCACCGUGGUUUAAUGAUAGGAAAAUUAUUGUCGAUGCAUCCGACUCUAAAAUAUUAAAGUUACCUUGCAAUUGCAUUGGUGAUCUUGGAGCACGAGGAAUAGCUUAUGGACUCAUGCAAGAAGGUUCUGCUCCGCUGAAAUAUUUAGAUAUGCGUCUAAAUCCUCUUAAAGAAGAAGGCAUAACAAGUUUACUUAGCGGACUUAUACGAAUUAGGAAACCAGAAACAUUAAUAAUAGCAGCAGUCGAAGCAUUUGCCGAAGGAGCGUUAAGAAUUGCCGAAGCAGUGAAUUUACAACGAUCAAUUCACGUAUUGGAUAUUACAGCAAAUAAGUUAGGCGCAGAAGGUGGUGAAUGGUUAAACAGCAGUAUGGUCCAUAACCAAAUGAUUACCAGUAUUGACUGCCGUGAAACUGGUAUUCCUGAAGAAAUCGUUCAGAAAAUCCAAGAGAUGGCGACGAGAAAUGAAGAACGAGGCACUCCACCUGUCGAAUUGCUGCACAUCCAGAGCGAAGAGGUGAUUCCGAGGGUAUUUUCUUUCGCGCUGACGGAGAGCGAGAUCGCUCUGCAGGACGCCAAGGACGCCGAAUACAAGCGCAAGCGGGAGGAGGCCGAACGCAGGAGGCAACUUGAGCUCAGUAUGACCGAACAGCUGACUGAAGAACAAGAAAAAGUAUUAGAAGAAAAUUUAGAAGAGGAGUAA